AUGGGUGACCCGAAAAAUUCCCAUUUUGGUUAUGAUGUAUCCAUGUUUUUCUGGAAGCUCAUCGUCAAUAUCUUCUUCCGUGAAAUACGACCCAGAGGUGCUUUCAAUAUCCCGUCCGAUGGACCGGUGAUAUUUGUCGGUGCCCCCCAUGCCAAUCAGAUGCUCGACCCCCUCCUUCUCAGCAUACACGUAUACAAAGAGACCGGACGACACGUACAAUUCCUAACUGCCGCGAAGAGUUUGCAGAGAACAUUCGUAGGGGCAUUCAGUAGGCUCAUGGAGAGCAUCCCGGUAGUCCGAGCCGCUGAUAAUGCAAAAGCCGGAAUAGGGACCGUUUAUCUAAGCGAAACGGACUCUUGUCUAGUGUUCGGAAUCGACACGAAAUUUACCCAAGAAUUCGCGCCUAGGAUGCAGAUUCAACUGGGAAAAGUCGCAAAAUAUGCAGCUGCCGAGGUUAUUGAAGUCGUAUCGGAUACGGAAUUGCGAAUCAGGCAGGAAUUCAAGGUUGCCAAUGACUCGGGGAACGAUACUAGUACCACGUUGCUGAGAGACAAAGUUGCGGCAUUGCGUUCGGCUGGUAAUGAGGGUGGAUUGGAGUUCAAGACGGUUCCCUACAUCAACCAGCAGGAAAUGUACCGCUACGUGUAUGACCGCCUUAGACAUGGAGGCAGUCUCGGUAUAUUUCCUGAAGGAGGCAGCCAUGAUCGAACAGACCUCCUCCCACUUAAAGCAGGCGUAUCAGUAAUGGCUUUAGGCGCAAUGGCCAACGAUCCCGCUUGUCGAAUCAAAAUAGUCCCAGUGGGACUCUCGUAUUUUCAUCCCCACAAGUUCCGGUCUCGCGCUGUCGUCGAAUUUGGGUCGGUAAUGGACGUUCCUAUGGAGCUGGUGGAGAUGUAUAAACAAGGCGGAAGUCAGAAACGAGAGGCCGUGUCGAAAUUUUUAGAUCUUAUAUACGAUGCGUUGAAGACGGUGACGGUCAGAGCUCCAGAUUAUGAUACGUUGAUGCUCGUUCAAGCCGUACGACGUCUGUACAAAACACCUACCCAGCAUUUGACCUUAGGGCAAGUUGUUCAACUUAACCGACGGCUACUGAAUGGAUACACGCACUUCAAGGAUGAGCCUAGGAUACAAAAAUUGCGCACAGAUGUAUUAAAAUACAACCGCUCGCUGCGCGAUCUAGGGAUCCGCGACCACCAGGUUCCUCGAGUGCAGAAAGCAACAUGGAAAAUCCUGGGGUUGCUGCUAUAUCGUAUCGGUUUGCUCGUUUUCUGGACCGUCUUUGCUAUGCCUGGUACGAUUUUGAACGGGCCUGUAUUCAUUCUGGCAUCUAUCAUUUCGAAGAGAAAGGCUAAAGCGGACCUUGCCGCAUCUACCGUAAAAAUAACUGGACGGGAUGUUCUCGCGACUUGGAAAGGUCUAAUCGCGCUCGGUGUUGCGCCACUUCUUUAUCUAUUCUACGCCUUUCUCGUUGCGCUCCUCGCUAUCCGCGUUGAUGCGUCAUUCAAGUGGCGGACGUUAGCUCCGCUCAGUGUCUUUGUGGCAUUACCUUUCACGAGCUUCGCUGCUCUGAAGUUUGGUGAGGCCGGUAUGGACGUCCUUAAAUCCUUGGGACCACUGAUCACAGCGCUGAUUCCUGGUCAACAACGCUCAUUGGAUAAACUCCGAGCCACAAGGGAGAAGCUUUCCAACGAAUUGAUGGAGGUGAUACAGGAAUUAGCGCCUCGUUUGUACGAUGAUUUCGAUCCGGUCAGAGUCAACUAUAUGCGAACCAUGCCUUCCGCGAGCACGCCUCCUUCUGCGGGUACUUCCAGUCUAUGGCGGAGGAAGACUAACGUUGGUGCUGUCGAUGCACAGGGUCUUGGUCUUGUCCACCCUAUGACGUGGCUCGACGAACGGCUGUUUGGGUGGAGUGAAUAUACUACAGGUGGUCUCCAAGAAGAUGAAGUUCGUGCGGAUGAUGAAGAUGGUGAUGCGGGUGAUUACGAGGAUGUCGUUUCGAAAUAUGAUGAAUUGGUUAAGGGCAAUGAUGGUGGGCUACGAACCAACUUAUACACUGAGCUACGACAGCGACGGCUUGAUUCAGAUGCAGCUAUUACACAUGCAGGGAUCAUGGAACUAUAA